AUGACAUACCUAGACGGUGUGUCAGCCGGCGGCGGAGGCUGGGAACCUCUGGGCCAGCCGUACUUCGAUAAUAGCACGAAGCGUGAGGCCACAGCCGCCGUGGGCCAACCUGCGUAUUUACAUUGCAGAGUACGCAACCUGGCCGACCGAGCGGUGUCGUGGAUUCGCAAACGAGACCUGCACAUCCUAACAGUGGGUGUGCACACAUACAGCAGCGACGCUAGGUUUGCAGCUCUCCACGCGGACGGCUCUGACGAAUGGACAUUAAGGGUGGCGCCUGCUCAACCAAGAGAUUCGGGUGCCUACGAAUGUCAAGUAUCAACAGAGCCGAAGAUCAGCUUAUCCUUCCGACUUACAGUUGUUGUGUCAAAGGCCGAAAUACUAUCCGGACCGGAAUUGUUUGUGAGAGCCGGAUCGGACAUCAAUCUCACUUGCGUCGCCAAGUACGCCCCCGACCCGCCCAGUUUCAUCUAUUGGUAUCGGGGCGAGCAAGUCGUGAACUAUGCUCAGCGCGGUGGUAUCAGUGUCGAGACAGAACAACGAACAAGAACCAGCAGGUUGCUGAUAGCAAGAGCUGCCCCCCACGACUCUGGCAACUACACCUGCGCGCCGAGCAGCUCCGAGUCAGCGUCAGUGAUAGUGCACGUGCUGAGUGGAGAACGACCAGCUGCGAUGCAGAGUUCAGGAUCAACACCACCUCGUAUGGACCGCGUCAUCCUCGCCUCCGUAGCAACAGUAUCUGCGAUCAACCAGCCGAAACCGUGGCUCCUAGUCCCUAUCACACUCCUCGCUCAGUACCUCUCAGUUAUCACCAUCGUUCUUAUCACUGUACUUGCUCACACAAUCGUCAUUGUUUCACAGAAAAUAUUUUCAAGAUGA